CUUGUAGCUCUCAUCCACUCCGGCGCCGAAACUAUCGGGAUGGAACAAUCCUUGCUCAAAGUUCUGCGCGCAUGGACUGAGGGGGCGUUUAUCGGCAUAACUGUUGACAGCGUCUCAGCUGAGGAGCGUGGAGAGCGUCAGCGUAGUGUGGACGCCAUGCUGGCGCUGCUGGUGUCAUUGGUCGGACGACUUGAGUUCGUUGCAAGACUGGCAGAGACCGAUACUAGUUCUGUCCUGCAGCUAUUUGGCAACAUGAUUGACUGGUCGCUGAACGCAGGCUGGGAUCAUGCGUCGAUGGCGAACCCCGCAUUCUCGGACGUCACCCUCGUAAGCCCGGCCUCGAAUAUGCGCGUUUCGUUGAAGCACCACCGCCACCACUCUUCCGCUUCCAUAUCUCAUGUGGUGCACACACCGUCUGCGACAGACCUUGCAGUCGAGUCCUAUCUCGGGUACUUGACUGUUCGCCUAAAAGCAAUCGCACCGAUGCAUUUGAAAACCAUUUUGCCGCAUCUGUUCAAAUCUCUUGCCUACUAUGCCUCUCCGCUGCCUCGUCUCUCACUUACUGCAGGCUCCGAGCAUCAAAACGACAUUGAGAAGAGAAUAAUGGAGCUUCUCGAUUCUCUCGUUACAGGACCUUAUUCGGCCUCCGUGACCGUCAUCUUGAAGUACCACCUAUACCCUAAUGAAGAAGACGUCGUACGAUCCGCGCGGACAUCGAUCGGUGCUCUGAGAACGCUCCGUACAUCUAUUCGACGAGUGCUAAUGGCCCGUCUUGCACGCGCCUACAUUUCGCGAACCAGCUCGGUCAGCUAUACGCCCUCCGGUGCUCCUGGGACACUGGAAAUUGACCGUGAACUCCUGGACCGUGCAUGGGCGAAAGAUGAUAUCACAACCUGGGACCUCAAUCGCUUCCGCAGCGUUCUAUGUGUUUCCAUUCGCGAAUGGUUGAUCAUCGCCCAGACCGUCGACGACAGCUUGCGCUACCCCUGCGAACAGAUUCUCAGCGAAGUUGCCGGAAUACUCAAAGAUAUCACCCAAGCUUUCGACGAAAUUGGCGAUGAGCUCGACUAUGAAGAGGUCGAGGCGGUCGGGGAUGUUUUACACGCUCUGACUUCGUAUGUCAAGACUCAGAGGUACGGCCCGUCCGACUUCGAUAGGCGUGC